AUGACUUCCAUCAUCUUCUGGAAUUGUCGGGAGGCCCAGAAGAAGCAAACGGGGCACUUCCUCCGCAGCAUUGUGUGUGGUAAUGAGGUAAUGUUUGUUGGUUUAAUGGAAACAAUGGUUGAGGAUAUGUCCAGAAAGGAUUUGGACGCUCUUAUUGGCCCUUGUUGGGACUUCGCUCAUUUCCCUGCUAGUGGUAGAUCGGGCGGCCUGCUUGCGUUGUGGAGGAAUGAUAAAGUUCAGUUUGAGAUGGUGGAGAUGUUCGAUCAGGCGCUGGAGGGGCACUUGGUGUUUCCUAAUUGUGAGAAGUGGUGUCUGGCGGUUGUGUACGCCGGCAAGGAUUAUCACACUAGACGGGGCUUAUGGGAAGUCCUGAGCUCGUGUAUUGAUGCUGAACUCCCGGUGAUUGUUGGCGGGGAUUUCAACUAUUUUCUGGAUCAAAGUGAGAAGAAGGGAGGUAGAAGAUUUGGCUUUCCGAUUGGCUCUCAGGAGAUGGCGGCCUUCUUGAUUGAUAAUGACCUUCAUGAUUUGGGGUUCACUGGCCCGAAAUAUACUUGGUCGAACAACAAGACUGGAAAUAGUAAGAUCUGGGUGCGGCUCGAUCGGGUUCUGAUGAACUCCGUUGGCAUUCAACUGGCUCCUUUGGCUUCGGUGCGGCAUUUGCUCCGUGUGGCAUCGGACCAUUGCCCCCUGCUGUUGAGAUUGGCGAGUGUCACCCCAAACUCUGGUUGUCGCAGGAUCCGUUUUGAAGAUACGUGGCAGACUUACCCUGCUACGUGGAAGCUGGUGCAUAAGCUGUGGACGAAGAACGAUUUUGGUGGGCCGGAUGAGGUGCUCAACCGCAAGUGUUCAAGAAUGCUACGUGGGCUUUUCUUCUGGAGCCAGAAUCGCUUGAAGGAGCUGGAUGAGUUAAAGGUGUCUCUUGAGGCUCGGAUUGGCGAGCUCCAGCUCUUGGAGUGCUCCUCGGAGGGGCUUAGCCCUGUACAAGAUGUUGAAUUGCGGAGAGCGGCUGCUGAACUCAACUCUACCCUGGCUAGGUUGGCUAUGCGGUGGAGACAACAUGCUAAGACCCGCUGGAUUGAGGAGGGCGACUCCAACUCCCAUUUCUUCCAUGCGUUUGCGUUGGCGCGGCGGAGAGGGAACCAUAUUUUGGAGAUUCAGCGCAGUAAUGGGGAUCGCACGUCUGGGCAGAACUGUAUCCAAGAGGAGUUUAUGGACUUCUUUCGGCUCAAGUGGAAGGACAGAUUGGUCAUGCUGGAUAAUUGGCCUCUGUUCCAGCAGAAUGAGGGUGUUCCGGAGUACCUUCGCAGGGAGCUGGAGGCCAAUGUCUCGGAUUUGGAGGUCUGA